AAAUUUUGCUUUUAAACAUUUUCAGUUUUAAAUUGUGUGGAUCAGUUGGUUUGAUUAAAAAGAAAAUACAAAACGGGCCUUAUCUUCAUCAUAUUGGGCUUUACGAGAAGAUUGUUGACGAUCAAGCCUCUCGCCACCUGUUAAAGCAGACGCAGUUGAGAAACGAUCUGCGUUUAAGCUUUUUCUUCUUAAAGAACCGCUUGGUCUGCGUUCAACUUCAAAACAGAGACGGAGUAUCUUCCCUCUAUCUUGGGAAGUCCACUUUUAAUUCUCUGUGUGCGGUCAAAAUAAGCUAAAGUCAAACACACACGAAAAUAUGAUUUUUAAAAUAUGAGGCCACGUUUAGCUCCUAUGGACCAAAAGCCGAAUCCACAAUUGGAGGAAAGAGGUUUAAAGUUUUUUAACUUUUUCAUGACGUCAAUGCAUACGUCAUGAAGAAAUGCAUGUGGGGUAAAGUCUGUUCAUGAAUGCGUGCGUUCACAAUGACGUCGACAUCCAUAAAGACGAAAUAAAAACAAAACUUUGCUUUUUCCCACUAAUCGAUGUGUAUAAAUAUGUGCAUAUGCAUUCCAUCUUAUUCCACAUUCAAAGUGUUUCAAGAGAAAGAAUCAGAGAGAAAACAAAAUCCACCAUCUGAACUAAUGGAAAACGUAGUAACGAAACAGAGUAUCCCUCUCCUCACGCCCUACAAGAUGGGUAGAUUCAAUCUUUCCCACAGGGUUGUUCUUGCACCAUUGACGAGACAGAGAUCAUACGGAAACGUUCCUCAACUACAUGCUGUGCUAUACUACGCUCAGAGAACCACCCCAGGAAGUCUUCUCAUCACUGAAGCCACUGGAGUUUCAGAUACAGCUCAAGGGUAUCAAGAUACACCUGGGAUAUGGACUAAAGAGCAUGUGGAGGCAUGGAAGCCAAUCGUGGAAGCUGUUCAUGCAAAAGGCGGCAUCAUCUUCUGUCAGAUUUGGCAUGUUGGCAGAGUUUCUAAUAAAAGUUUUCAGCCAAAUGGGCAAGCUCCAAUCUCUUGUACAGACAAGCCAUUGAUGCCUCAGAUCCGCUCUAACGGCAUCGAUGAAGCCAUGUUUACCCCUCCAAGACGCCUAAGUACAGAAGAGAUCCCCACCAUUGUCAACCAUUUCAGGCUUGCAGCAAGAAACGCUAUGGAAGCUGGCUUCGACGGAGUAGAGAUACAUGGAGCUAAUGGCUAUCUCAUAGACCAGUUCAUGAAAGACACGGUGAACGACAGAACUGACGAAUACGGUGGAUCAUUACAAAACCGCUGCAAAUUCGCUCUAGACAUAGUCGAAGCAGUGGCCAACGAGAUCGGGCCUGAUCGCGUUGGAAUCAGGCUCUCUCCCUUCGCAGACUACAUGGAGUCAGGAGACACGAACCCACAAGCGUUAGCACUUCACAUGGCGGAGUCUCUGAACAAAUACGGAAUCUUAUACUGCCACGUGGUCGAAGCGAGGAUGAAAACAAUGGGUGAAAUAACAGAGUGUCAUCCUCACACGUUAACGCCGAUGAGGAAAGCCUUUUCCGGGACGUUUAUCGCCGCAGGAGGUUUCAAGAGGGAAGAUGGGAACGAGGCGGUUGAUAAGGGAAGGACUGAUCUGGUGGCUUAUGGUCGGUUGUUUCUGGCGAACCCUGAUCUGCCAAAGAGGUUUGAAGUUGAUGCGGAGUUGAAUAAGUAUGAUAGAUCAACGUUUUAUACUUCUGAUCCUGUCGUGGGCUACACUGACUACCCGUUUCUUGAUUCAACAGCUAGUUAAUUAAUACAUGUCGUUAUGUGUUUUUGUUUUUUCAUGUAAUAAGACGACAUUGUCGGUCAAACUGCAACCACGUAUUUUAUGUACACUACUUUCAUAUUGUCAUAUUGAGUCCAUGAUUAUACGAUAUUAGCAAAUAAUGCCUUUAAUUAUAGUUUAUGAACAUAUAUCCCAUUUUACAGCCACUGCUUGAUUCAUGUUUUCAUCGAGUUCGACUACAAGUCUACAAAUUUCAUAGAAUUGGUGAAAACAUGUAACAUCCCAACCACUCACAGUUGAGACUUUUACAUGUGCUCACUCAGUUAACAAACUUCACUAUGAUAAGUAGUGUGUUGAUUGAUUUGUUGAAGGUUCGAAAUAUCUAUUUAUUAAUUUAGCAAUUACCACAUUAUUUUUUUUUAUAUUUUGGUUUUAUUCACACGGUAUCCCAAAAUAUUUUUUGAUAGAUCACCCAUUAUUUUUUUAGUUACAGUUCAAAUAAAAUCUGUUUGGAUAUAUAAAAGAAAAAUAAAUACAUUCUGAUGACAAAUGUUAAAAUCAGCUAUUUAUUAAUGUUACCAAACCAAAAUGGAAACAAUUAACAAGUUGAGUUAAGAUGGUUUAGUUCUGCAGAUUAACUCUGCUUGGUACGGUUAGAGAUCGAAUCCGUCCGGUUAAACCGGUCCACGUUUUCAUUUAAAUUUUAAACGAGAAGGGCGGGUGGGUCAACUACGACAGCUCAGGAUCCUUCCCUCCACCGCCAUUUCCACGCGGACCACAUGUAAUAAAUAAUUUAUGCAAUUAUAAAAAAAACAAUAAUAAUAAAUUUGGGAAAACGUAUUACCUAACUCUUGCCAAUCAUCGUCGUCUUUGUUCCCCCAUUGCUACAGAGAUUAGAUUCGAGAGAAGAAGAAGAAGAAGAGGAGGAUGAGUUUCCAAGACAUCGAAGCUGGCUCUCGAUUCCAGACGCCGAAUCGUUUUAACAGCGGGAGGCAGCAGAAGCCUCUGUCUCGUGGGGAUCCAUCUCAGGAGGUAGCCGCCGGAAUAUUCAGGAUCAGCACGGCCGUCAAUUCCUUCUUCCGCCUCGUUAAUUCGAUCGGAACGGCUAAGGAUACUCUUGAAUUGCGAGAGAAGCUG